AUGGACUAUCUGCCAAUCAACGCUCUUUCCGCUGUAAUCCUCGUAGCCGGCAAGGUCGAAUCCGAAGAUGAAGAAUGGAUCGGGCCUAAAGUUCCUGUUGUCCUAUACCGCCAAGUCCCUCCUCCCGCGAGCACUCUUGACGACGACUAUACGAGGGAAGAAAAACUGAACUUUUAUGACGUUUGUCCUCCAUAUCCCGAUCCUCCUUUCGAACUUCCGCUACCUGCAGGCUUGACUCUCCAUGUCUCUCUGGGAAAACUCUUGUCUGAAGGCCGAACCGGAAUGAUUUUCGAGUGUGAAUGUACCAUUCCUCAUGGGAACGAAAAGGGAUAUAAGAUCCCGCCCGUGGUGAUUAAGCUUGCAAGACAGUUUCAUACAAAAGAUAUAUCAAGAGAAGCAACAGCAUAUGAAUCCAUAACAUGCCUACAGGGCUCCGCUGUUCCACGAUGUUAUGGGUUCUUUCAAGCGCGGUUGUUUGAUUACUUUGAUUUCGGUCCUAUGUCUCUUCUCGUUAUUGAAAAACUUGGGGGCUUAUUAGAACUUGGAAAACCGCUUCCGAACGGUGCAGAGUCUGACCUCAAUGAUGUUGGUUCAGACUUGGCCAAGCUGCACAUCCUUCAUAGCGAUUUGCGUUGGGAAAAUAUUUUGUCUGUACUCCCACCCAGUGAGGGUGGUCUUCCAAGUUUACCUUCUCCAUUCACUGGCAAAAUUUAUGGCUGGAGGCUUGUUGAUUUUGAUCUGGCUAAGAGGACUACCCACCACAUAACCUUUGCUCAAGGACACUACAUCGGCCAUAUGGAGCGAGUGCUAAGCUGUAUACCAAUGGGUAUUCCCGUUCAACCAUGGGAAUGA